AUGUAUACAAGUACGCCAUCAAACCAUGAAAGCGUUGCGCAGUAUAACGCUAUUCGACAGGCGAUGUUGGAUGCGCGGAACAAACGACGAGAAGGUCAAACACCGGAAUUUCAAGCCCAAGUUGCCAAAGCGGAAGGCAAUCUUCAGCUGAUCAAUAUGGUUCUGAUGAGCUUUUCAGCUGAGCAGAAUGCCUGUGUAGAUCAGCGAGUGAGCAUCAGCCAUCAUCAGCAUAGGACAGAGGAAGCCUUGCGUACUAUAAUGUAUGAAAUGAGAUAG